GUCCGUUUCGUCGUUCCUUGAUUCCCUCCCGCAUAUUAGCCGACUCCUUAUUUUUUGCAAAAUCGAAAUUCGAACCCCAACUUCCGCAAAUCCAUCGCCAUGGCGUCGCCUCUCGAGUACGCUCUCGCCGUGCUGCAGGCGCGGCUCCUCCAGGCGGCGGAAGACGGCGACCUCCCCCUCUUCAAGAGGACGGCGAGGGCGCUGGACGGCGGGAAAGGCCGCCUGAGGGAGGCGGUGGAGGGCGCGACCGCGAGUAACUGCGGCGCUCGGGCUUUGCACGUCGCCGCCGUUCACGGGAGGAUGCCCGUGUGCGCCUACCUGGUCGAGGACCUCCAGGUGAAUGUCGAUGCCACCGACGAGUCAGGCGAGACAGCUCUGAGUUAUGCAGCUGUUAAUGGAAUUGUGAAUGUUGUGCGCUAUCUUCUUGAUCACGGUGCCAAUCCAGAUAAGUCUGGUCCGGGAAACCGUACUCCUCUCCACAUGGCAGUUGGACAAGGGAAUUGUGAAAUAGUAAAGGUUUUGCUGUCAAAAGGAGCUGAUGUCAAUUGUUAUUCUGACUCGGGGACGCCACUGCAUAUUGCUGCUGUAUUUGGGUUAGAUGGUGCUAUGAAGAUUUUGUUGGAUCACCAUGCAGAUGCAAGUCUCACUAUUUUACCUUGUUUGCUCCUUGUACUUAACGCACCAAGUACUGCACAAUCCACUCCAUGAAUAUGCUGCUAUAUAGCAUAUUUAUGUUGAAGUUCAAUUGCUGUAACUUCGCUUCUGGGGUUGGAACUGAGUAGACUUGUACAAUUUAGGGUAUCAAUGGAUUAGAUAUAUCUGACCGGCACAGUGCCAAAUCUAAAUCAAGUUGUCCUGGCUGUGAUA